GUGAUUGCGUCUCAGGCCUUACGUCACCGCGCGCGCGUGCGCUUCUCUCCACGUGCGAAAGCCCCGGACUCGUGCGGGCUCGGACGCAGCAGAAUCCUGAGCCGCGCAGCUCCGAGCUCGCCAUGAAGCCAGGUUUCAGCCCCCGUGGGGGUGGCUUCGGUGGCCGAGGGGGCUUUGGUGACCGUGGAGGCCGAGGUGGAGGCCGAGGUGGCUUUGGUGGGGGCCGAGGUGGCUUUGGUGGGGGCCGAGGUCGUGGUGGAGGCUUCAGAGGCCGUGGACGAGGAGGAGGAGGAGGAGGAAGAGGUGGUGGGUUCCAGUCUGGUGGCAGCCGGGGUCGUGGUCGGGGAGGAAAAAGGGGAAAUCAGUCAGGGAAAAAUGUGAUGGUGGAACCUCACCGGCACGAGGGAGUUUUCAUUUGUCGAGGAAAGGAAGAUGCACUGGUCACCAAGAAUCUGGUCCCUGGAGAAUCAGUUUAUGGAGAGAAGAGAGUCUCAAUUUCGGAGGGAGAUGACAAAGUUGAGUACCGUGCCUGGAACCCCUUCCGCUCCAAGCUGGCAGCAGCGAUCCUGGGCGGUGUGGACCAGAUCCACAUCAAGCCAGGGGCCAAGGUGCUCUACCUCGGGGCUGCCUCAGGCACCACUGUCUCCCACGUCUCUGACAUUGUAGGCCCGGACGGUCUGGUCUAUGCAGUUGAGUUCUCCCACCGCUCUGGCCGUGACCUCAUUAACUUGGCCAAGAAGAGGACCAACAUUAUUCCUGUCAUUGAAGAUGCUCGGCACCCGCACAAAUACCGCAUGCUCAUUGCAAUGGUGGAUGUGAUCUUUGCCGACGUGGCCCAGCCAGACCAGACCCGGAUUGUAGCCCUGAAUGCCCACACCUUCCUACGUAAUGGAGGGCACUUUGUGAUUUCCAUUAAGGCCAACUGCAUCGAUUCCACAGCCUCUGCUGAGGCAGUGUUCGCCUCUGAAGUGAAAAAGAUGCAACAGGAGAACAUGAAGCCCCAGGAGCAGUUGACUUUAGAGCCGUAUGAAAGAGACCACGCUGUAGUUGUGGGUGUGUACAGGCCUCCCCCCAAGGUGAAGAAUUGAAGUCCAGCGCUCCAUCUGGAUUGUGAGAUUACGUUGCUACUGUUACACUUGUGUUUUUCUAUUAAAAGACUCAUCCCUUCCUUCC